CCCCGAAAUCAAUAAAAAAUAUAUUGAAAAAAAAUGAGUGAGGAUUAAAUGGUGAGAACGAUAGCACUGUCUCCUGAAAUCGUCAGGAUCAGAAGAGAGCACACAGUGAAAUAGUCUAUGCUAUACACAUUCAUUUUGUUUGUUUCUCACCUCUUCCUUCCCCUGUUGGAGCUGGGCCUGCUGCUCUGGUUGGGGCCUGUCAGAACCAGAACCUUGAGGCACCUCAGUUGCAGUCCUGUCCUGAGGGCGUGAGCGUGGCCUGCAGGACAGAGGAGGCUGGAUCUGCAGCGGGUCCCUGUUGUGCUUCCUUCCCCUCAGGUUAGUACACCAGUUUCUUCCUGACCAAAGACCAGAGUCACCUCCAGAUGAAUGAAAUUUCCUGGAAAGAUGUUGCCAAUGUCUUGUCGCUGGCCAACUUGAUCAUGGGGCUCUUCUCCAUCUUCUGCAGCCUCAGCAAGAAAUCCAGCUGUGCUUCCUGGAUGCUUCUGAUCGGCUUCCUAAUGGACAUGGCAGUCAGGACAAUCACCAGACAUCUCAAUAUCUGCUCCAAAUCAGGAGCUGAGCUGAAUGACUUUGCUGUCUUCACCACCUUUGGCCUGGCCACAGCCCUGCUCCUAGGCGUGGAUGGGCCUCUGAAUGGGUUCCUGGCCAUCAUCUAUGUGUUAGCUGCUUCUUUCCGCCUGUGUUUUUAUUCAACUAGCGGCCUUUCCUUCACAUACAAGGGUCUACCCUGCCCCUAUGCUUCCUGUGUUCUGGCCUCCACCUCCCUUCUGACCAAAGGCAACAGGUUCAUUCUCUCCUGCAUGGCCUCACUUAUGAUUCUAUUCAUGAUGGACCAGAGCUACUACCCACAUGAUGAAAUCCUAGAAUCUGAGAAUUGGAAAAAAAUAGUUUAUCUUGGAGGCCUGGUGAAGUCACUGCCAAAUGAAAAAGCAAUGCCUGCCCUCCUCUCCUGCUGGUGCAGGCCUGCUGCUAGCUGUCCACACUUGCAAGGAAAAUGGAAUUCCACAGUGACGACCAUGGUCACAAACAAGAAGACAAAUAAUUCUAGAAAAAACGUAAUACCGGCCGGUGUGGCUCAGGUGGUUAUGGGCGACAGUUUCAACUUUUUAUUCACAAACUGAUGCACAAACGCUCUGCCCCAGGAGUCAUCUGGAGACCUGGCACUAACUUGGCAUGCGACUAUGGGCUGGCACUUCACUGUUCUGGCCCUCGACGAUCCUCUCU